AAGGAGAAUCACAAUCUCGAUACGGCAGUUCCCUCCCAGCCACCCGGAAGUUCUCGCAUCUAGCAUAAAUCGAAACAAACAACAAGUAUGAUCGGGUUGAAGGGUGUCCUCAAUGUCAUUGACAACACUGGCGCCUUGACAGUCGAGUGCAUCAACGUCCUCAAAGUCAAGACAAAACUUAAGUCCACCGGUUUCGCGACUGUCGGCGACGAGAUUGUCUGCGUAGUCAAGAAAGCCCGCCCUAUCCCCACCAACGAAGUAGUCAAGAACCCUAACGCCUCCUCCAACAUUCAGAAAAUCCGCAAAGGUGACGUCCGUCGCGCCGUCGUCGUCCGCACCAAGAAGACUCUUCAAAGACCGGACGGCUCGGUGGUCAGAUUCGAUGACUCGGCGGCGGUGCUGCUGAACAACAAGGGAGACAUGUUGGGCACGAGGAUAGUCGGAGCUGUGGCUGGAGAGUUGAGGAAGAUCAGGGGAGGUGCUGCGGGAGCUGGUGGGAGAUGGGGCAAGAUAUUGAUGUUGGCGCCCAAGGUUGUGUAAAUUGUACAAGAUAGUAUCCGCAUCAUUCUGCAUCCAUUUAUGACCACUCUGCUCCCACAACGUCCAUCCAAACGGCCGGACCAUUGAAAAAGUCCUAGAAACGCAAGAUCUGGGAGCGCCUGAUUUCGUCCUUUGCAGAGGCAUGUCCUUUAUAAUUGCUGGGACCGAGGGGUCUCGUGCUACCGACAUGCUCGGGAAGAUGCGCCGAUGGCGGUUUGUCGUGGCGACAGUCACAUCAGGCCUAUUCGGCAGCUGAAUCCAUCUUGCAUGCUUUCAACGAUUGCUCGAUGGAUGGGCGAUUUGGCGCUUGGGGUGAUGCUCGACGAGGCGCUGACUCUAGUCUUGUUUCAUCACAGUGGUGGCCAUGCAGGGUGCCGUUGCAAGUUGUGCAUGGAAGUUUCCAAAAGAUGACUCAUACUCUCUCUGCUGAGCUCCCAUCCGCAUUCAGCGGUUCGCAGAGAGCCGGAUGUCGCUGAUGAGCUUUCGAGAUGUGGAAAGAAAACAGCAAGAGAGUAUAUGCACUCAGGGAUUUGGCAGGAUGACCAAGCUGAGGGUGAAAAUCAUUACCCGAGAUAUCAACAACGGCCAGAGUAGAUCUGCCACUCGGGAGGUUGUAAUCGUAGAGGCAGCAGCCGGUGCAUUGGCGACGGAAGGGGACGAUAAUGAGCCGCAUUCAAGCGACUAAAUAGAGUUCGAGGGUAUAUUGGGAUUCGAGGGAAGAGAUGACCCUAGGUGAGAAGUGGAAAAAGCUUGAUGGGCCAGAAAGGAGCUUCAAAAGGCGCCGAAUGUGGCGAAAUGAGGACGGCCCAGUGUCUCAAUGAUAAGGUGCAGCCGUCAUGUAGUACGGAUAGAAGAGAAGGGAACGAUGAAUUGGAAGCCAGGAGAUGGCAACAAAACGAAUAGAGAGCAAGCCAGGAGCAGGUAAAGAGACGCCCGAGCACGGCUGAUCAGGCAGAAUCAAUAGGCCGUUGAGGCCGCCACCACCGCCGUUUUGCACAAAGGUCACCACGAUGCAGCAUGGUUGUGAUCUUGUAUACAUCUGGAUUGUUAUCUCUUGAUUGAAAACAUG